AUGUCGUCCUCUGAUCAAUUAACAGCAGCAUCAGAAACAUAUAAAUCUCUGAAAAAUGUUCAAGGUCAUUGGCAAGGUAAACCGUUUAAUACAGACGUUGAUGCACCAAAUAGUAAAAAAGAAGUAUCAAUGAAAUAUUUGCAAGAAUAUCUUGGAAAAGUAGGCACAUCAGCUGAUGAUAUAUUAAAUCUUAUGGGUAAACCAGAUAAAGAGCUUGAUAAACCAGAUAUUGAACUUGUACAUGAACUGAAUAGACAGUCAUACCAAUGUCAAGAUGGUACAAAAAUUUGGAUAUAUGAAUGGCGAGGAAUGCAUGAUUAUGUUUAUUUUUUAAUUAAAGACAACAAAGUAGCACUUUCCGCAUGGUAUUAUGCCUAUGAGUAA